AUGGGGGCCCCCCAGGAGGAGCUGCUGGAGUGCGAGCAGCAGCAGCAGCAGCAGCAGCAGCAGUACGCCGUGUCUUCGGCGAUUCCUACGGACUGCGGGAUCCCGUGUCCCGUGCUGCAGCUGCCUGUACACCGGGAAGUGGCGGGGCUGCCUGCUUUGCUGCUGCAGCCGCUGGUGUCUUACCGACUUGCUGCAGCAGCAGAUUACCAGCAGCUGCAGCAGCUGCAUGCAGAGACCUUUCCCUUUGCCUACAACGACGCCUUUUAUUCUUACAUUUGUUCCGGCAGGGGCUUUGCCCUUUUGGCUGUUCUCAAGCGCAGCGACAUUCUCAAACUCAAGCAGCAGCAGCAGCAGCAGCAGCAGCAGCAGCAGGGGCCUGCGCCGGCGGCCGGCGGGCGGGCGGGCGCAGCUGCAGCGCCGGCAGCAGCAGCAGCGCCGGCAGCAGCAGCAGCAGCAGCGCCGAGCAGCGAGCGGUUCUCCUGGUUCUCCUCCUGGCAGUCCACAGGCAGCUCCACCCCCCAGCAGCAGCAGCAGCAGCAGCAGCAGCAGCAGCAGCAGCAGCAGCAGGAAGAGCUGAUUGUGGGUGUCAUCACCGUCUCCCAGAGCCUCACUUACAUUGGCCAAGAAGAUGCAGAAGUUGUGCGCAGCUGGGUGAAGGAGAAGGAGGAGGAGAUGGCGGAAGCCGCUGCUGCUGCAGUUGCUGCUGCUGCUGCUGCUUCUGCUACAGCCGCUGCAGCAGGCGCUGCAGCACCUGCGGAGGAGGGGGCCCCGGGGGCCCCCACUGCAGCGCAGCAGCAAGAGCCCUGCCGCCUGCAGCUGGCUGCGCGGCAGCAGGGGCUGUUGGGUUUUCCUUCAUUCUUUUCAGCCUUUGGCCAGGAAAGCAGCAGCAGCAAGAACGAAGCAGCAGCAGCAGCAGCUGCUGCUGCUGCUGAGGCUUCAACCUCGGAGGCAAGGCGCCCUAGCGAAGCCUCCGCGUGCGCCACCACUGCAGCAGCAGCAGCAGGGGAGCAGGCGGGGGCCAGCAGCACGUGGGACCGGGAGCGCGCCGCCGCUGCUGCUGCUGCUGCUGCUGCUGCUGCAGCAGCAGGCGGGGAGGGCGAGCGGGAGUGCAGCGACCUGGCGUACGUGCUGACGCUUGCUGUUGCUGCUCCGCUGCGGCGGCUGGGAGUUGCUGCUGCGCUGCUGCAGCAAGCUGUGGGGUUUUUCAGGUCCAGCAGCAACCCAGCAGCAACUGUUGCACUGUAUCUACACGUGGCAGAUUAUAAUGCUGCUGCUCUCUCCUUUUAUCUCCGCAACGGAUUCAGCAGCAUAAGAUAUUUUCCGGAAUUUUAUUGCAUUGACGGGAGGCCCUAUGGUUCUUACCUUUGCUGCAUGCACUUGCACGAAAGCUGCUGCUGCUGCAGCAGCAGCAGACGCGCAGCAGCAGCAGCGCAGCAGCAGCAGCAGCACCUCCUCCACGCGCACGCCGGCGGCCUCGUCAGGGGCCUCGAGGGCAUCGGCAGGGCCCUCAGAGUUGUCGGCUCUUCCGUCUCAGACUUCCUCCAGCAGCAGCCCCAGCAGCAGCAGCAGCAGCAGCAGCAGCAGCAGCAGGGAGGGGGGGGCAGCAGCGCGACCUAG